UACUAUAUAUAGGUUAUCACAACACACAGGCUCCUUCCCUCUCUCUCUCCGGAUUGUACCAUCGCAGGGAUGCAUUUUAACUUGUGUGAUGAAAGCUGGAGAUGAAUACUUCAUCUCUGACCCACAUAAUGGCGAUAUAUCAGGCUGCUCGGUAAGCGGAGCUCUGUCGUGUAACAGCCCGCACCUCCGCCGUGCGCUCCCGGUGCGGAGGGAAGCAUCUGCGGCGCGCUUCGCCUCCCAUCUUCCUCCGCCUGGAUCCUCUGACUUGACUUCUCUGUCCAUAUCGCUUCCAGGAAGAAGAGAGGAGGGAGAGGGAAGGAGAAGCGGCACACACCGAGAGAGAGGCGACGGAAACGGAAAAAGUAACCAAAUUGUAGUGCUGAGAAUUCUUCCAGGGUCUCCUGCCUGGGAUUCCAGCCUGAAGUCGGUGCUGUUAGGUUGAUGGGCCAUCACUUCCUGCCAAGAGCCCUAUGUGAAGCGGCAAAGCAUCCCCGGGAGAGGAGAGCUCAGCCUUUAACCGAUCCGACCCUCCCACUGCUCAACUCCACUUCAUCUCUCCAAUAACGAACCUCCCCCUCAUCCUGGAGCCCUGACUCCAGUUUCCCAGCUCUCUCACACCUCCAUCUUCUCCGCUACCCCUGAUCAAUCCUCCACCAAAUCUUUCUUUUACUCUGGCCCUUUUUCUCCCUCCCUGCCUCAGUGUGCCAUGGCACUACCUUCAGCCCACGAGUUUCACUGGCAGAGCCUGGCAAGGCUGUCCAGUGGCCGCGUCUACCACACUCUGUCUGAGGUGGGGGGGCAAAUGUACAUGCUGGGGGGCUGCGAUGCCGGAGGGAGGCCCUGCCAAGCCCUGGAGCUCUACUCCCCUGAGGGGGACCGCUGGAUAAGUUUGCCCCCCAUGCCCACCCCUCGCGCUGGUGCAGCCGUGGCAGUGCUGGGGAAACAAAUCCUGGUGGUGGGAGGCGUGGGAGAGGACCAAAGCCCCCUGAAGGCGGUGGAGAUGUACAACACAGAAGAGGGGAGGUGGAAGAAGAGGAGUGCUCUGCGGGAAGCCUUGAUGGGUGUAUCCAUCACUGUGAAAGAUGGCCGGGCUCUGGCCGUGGGGGGAAUGGGUGCCGACCUGCUCCCUCGUAACAUCCUGCAGCAGUAUGACCUUCGAAAGGACGUGUGGGCGCUACUUCCUCCCAUGCCGACCCCACGCUAUGAUGCCAACACACAUCUGCUGGCCAACAAGCUCUAUGUGGCAGGCGGUCGUCAGUGUAAGCGACCAGUGAAGGCCUUCGAGGUGUACGAUGCAGAGACACGGUCCUGGACUAUGCUACCCAUGAUACCUUGUAAACGAUCAUAUGGGGGUGUGAUAUGGGACACAUCUGGAAGGUUGUGUCUGCUUGGAGGACUGCGGCAGGGAGGAGGACACCAGAGUUCCAAGUUCACCAAGAAUAUCAACAUUUUCGACACCAACCAAGGAGCCUGGUUGAAGUCGGAGGAGACAGUGGCGAUGAAAACAAAGAGAGCUGACUUCGCUGUUGCUUUCCUGCGUGGCCGGAUGGUAGUAGCCGGAGGACUUGGUCAUGAGCCCUCAGCCCUGGACACAGUUGAGGCCUUUCAUCCUCAGAGAAAGAAGUGGGAGAGGUUGGCUCCCAUGACAUUCCCCCGAUGCUCCACCUCCUACAUCGUCAUCAGAGACCGGCUCCUUGUGGUGGGAGGGGUCAACCAGGUUCCCAGCUCAGCCCACGAGAUCCUGUAUGUGAAAGAAGAAGAGUAUCUGUAGCCUGUAGUAACGGACACCAGAUGAAUGCAGCACAUCAACGUUCCACUUCCUCUUCCUCCUUACAACCCUCCUGAAUCAGACUGCGGUGUAAUAUGUAGGAAGCAUGGCAAAAAAACAGAGAUGGAGUCUAAGUGAAAGGCUCUGACUUUGUCAUGUAAUGUAACAGAUAACACUGCCCCCUGCUGGACUGGACUGACACUGACACCCAUAUGGAAGCACACGUUCACAACGGAGGAGCUGGCUCUUUCUUUAUACCAAGUUAUGCUUCUUGAUACUUUUAGUAUGUGACACUUCUGCGUUGUACGUUGUAGUGCAUACAUGGAGAAGAACUUUUGUAGCUUAUAUGUCUAGUAUUGUAGACAGAAAAUAUAUGGAUGAGCUGUUUGAUGUUUGGGUUUGUGUCUUUGUUCAUGUGUUUGUGUGCAGCUUGCUAACAGGUUUGUACAUAGUGUGAUUUUCACAUGAGAUUUUAAUUAAGUUUACUGACGUGACUGCAAUAUUUCUAUAUUGUUUAAUAUCAUCUAGCAAAAAAAGGAGGUGGGUAAUGUGUGUCGUACUGUACUGUAACAGAAUUUGCACUGAAGCAAUUAACACUGAGUGGGAGUUGAUUCUACCAUCAAUAAUUUCUAGUGUAAGUUAUUGCAGUAAUUACACUGAGACUGCUGUGCUAUCACUCCUCUAUGCUGUACCAGUGCACAUUAGUCAGUAGAUAUUAUCUAAUACCUUGAAAACAUGAUAAUAUGUGAAACUGUAUUAAAUGACGGCAUGGUGUUUAAGUAAUGACCAGACUGCUGCUGUAGACAAAGGAACAGAUCCAGGUUGAUUUUGUUUGAUUGUACACAUUUUAUUCCUGCAGCAAUACAAGCUCUGUUUUUGUCGGUGUUUCAUUUGUGCAAAGCGUGCUGUGCCGUAAUUAUUCAUUAAUAACACUUCACUCAGGUUGUGAUGGUACAGAUGAGUUUUUGUGACUUCAGUUAGUCAGAGCUGUUGGUUGUUUAGGCAGCUAAGCUGUGAUAUAUUUCAUUGUGUUUAAAAUUGUGUAGAUUUUAUUUCAUAAUUAAAUAUUACACGCCAUGUAAUAUUGAAGGUAUGAGUAGUCAUGUUCAGUGGAAUAAAUUGGAUUUGUUUGUAUUGCAUUCAU